ACUUAACUCAAGUUGUUUUAACAUAAAAAUGUACACUUUAGUGCUUUUUUUAUACAAAUGUUCCUUUUACUUAUUGCAAUAUCAGCUUUAUCAUUGCACUUUUUUUGAUUCGGUAGAAUAUGACUAUAAUGAUAAAAAAUUCAGGUUUCUUUUUUUUUCAAGAUCAUUUUUCAACUUUUGAUUUGCAUUUUAGUUAAGCUGCACUGAGAAGUGAACACCUUAAAGAUGCAUAAAAAGUUUAAAAAAAGAAUGAGAUAAAAGUACAAAAGGAUGUCCAGUGAAAAACAAAGAGCCUCUAUAGUAUCUAAGCAUUCAUAAAAUGCCAAGAAAAUGUUCGACAACUCAUCCUGGCACAAGAAAAUAUGGCACUAAAUCUAAUUACACCAUUCUACAAUUCAAGAGGCUUUAGCAAAAAUUAAAUUAGAAAAAAUGUCGAUUGGUGAAGCUUCUAAAAUUUAUAAAGUACCUAAAGCAACAUUAUUUUAUAAGCUAAAAAGUAAACACUGUAAAUCAGUAGGGCGCCCUAUUGCCCUUAGCAUUGAUGAGGAACUUUGUUUUGAAAAUCACUUACUUUAUUCAAGCGACAAAGGUAUACCAAUUGGAAUUAAUGAUUUUAAAAGUAUUAUCAAAAUCUAUCUGGAUGAUAGUGGAAAAAAUAUACAACAGUUUAAAGAUAACCGACCAGGUUGGGAGUGGUGUAAACUUUAUCUUGACAGGCAUCCAUUAUUAAAAGAAAAAGUAUCUCAUUGUAUUUCAAGGAAACUGCAUAGAUUAAUUAUUGUCAAAUCAAAUUACUUUUUCAAAAUCUAGUGAAAGAAUUAAAUGGAGUAACGCCAGAUAACAUUUACAAUAUGGAUGAAACAGGGUUUCAUGAUGACCCUGGAAAAAAAAACUUAUUUUUCGUCGAUCCUCUCGCCAUCUAGAACUUAUAAGAAACACAACAAAAACUUGUUACACUGUUGUUUUUUGUGGAAAUGCCUCACGAAAACUAAUUCCACCAUUUUUCAUUGUUAAAGGAAAACACAGUUGGUCUGACUGGCUUUUCAAUGCACCAGAAGGAUCAAGAAUGGCAACUUCUUGCAGUGGCUGGAUGGAAAUUCAAGUAUUUGAAGAGUGGCUGUUAAAUCACUUUGUUCCAAAUAUUAUAAAAAAGGAAGGUAAAAAAAUUCUGAUUUGCGAUAAUUUAAGUGCUCAUAUAUCUUUAAAAGCCUUAAAUAUAUGUGAAAAGCAUAAUAUAACAUUUAUAUGUUUGGUACCCAAUUCCACACACCUUUUACAACCUUUAGAUGUUGGGUAUUUCUCGAGUUUAAAAGCUGACUGGAGGUCAGUUCUUAAUCAAUGGCGUAAAACAUCCAGAGGAAAAAAGGUUAAUAACCUGCCAAAAAAUUUGUUUACGCAGCUCAUUAAAUCUACUCUUAAGGUUGGUAAAGAAAAUCUAGAACAUAAUCUCCAAGCAAGAUUUAAGGCUACUGGCAUAUAUCCAUUUGUACCAGAACAUGUUCUCUCCAAAUUACCCAGUUUUACAAAUAUAGAUAUUCAACUCAAUAUUGGAGAAUCGUUUAGGAAUUAUGUUAAUGAUAUUCAUCUUAACUAUGAAGUAAGCAAAAAAUUUAAGUUACCAAUAACAGCAGGGAAAAGUGUAUCAGCCACUGAGGUAAAAGCAUACUAUAAGGAAAGAGACAAUAAAAAAAAAGUCAAGAUAAUAUUCGAGCAAAGAAAAGAGGAAGACCACUUGGAUCAAAUAAUAUGGUUAUGAAAAUAAACAAAAAACUUAAUAUUUUACAAAGUUCAAGCAUCGUAAAUGUUAAUCAAGCUAUUGAAGACAAUGAACAAGUUUUACCUGUAUCUCAAAACAGGUAAAACUUGUUUUUAUUGUUAAUGAUGCAGUUUUUUCAUUGGAGCAAAUAAACAAACACUAUGUACAUGUUUUCCUUGAUCAUGAUUAUUUUGUUAAAGAGUUAGUUGUAACUCAAGACUAAAAGAAUGAAACACUGUAAUAUUUAGUGUUAUAGUCAAUUUAGUUUAUUUUUGGAGAAUUAUAUAAAAAUAAUGUCUUAAUUAUUUUUUCUUUUAU